AUGUGCGCCUGUCUCAACGUAUCAGUUGCUAUUGGGAAGGCGGGCGAGCAGGACGAGGGUGUGAUUGACGUCUCAAUCGCAUGGUUUCCUUACCACCAAGGCUGGACCGCUGGGUACGUGGAUGCUCCUUCGCAGCUGGAAAAGGGAGCAGAGGCCAAGUGGGCGACAAACGCAUCCCACUCGCCCAACCUCCCCACUGAUCUCUCACGCAUUAUGCGGUGGGACGGCCGGGGAGCCAGUCUGGAGCUGCCAGGUGUCAACCCGUCACAGGACGGCAUGCUCUUCCUCACCUCCACGGAUCCGGGUCGAUGGAGCAAUGAGCUGAACAUCAUGAGCACCUAUGUCAAACGAAAGGACGGCAUUCUCCUGCUGCAAGUGAUGGGGAGGGAUGACAGCAACAGGCGCUACGCGAGGCAUGCCUUCCUCUCUUACAACUUCACGGCUCAGGGGUCGCUGCUGGUGGAGGGGCAUCGGCUCGUGAAGGAACCCGCUCAGAUGUUUAAAGAAACGUUUCCAUAUACCGAUACAGACUUUGCCUUUGUGUGGGUUGACUUCCGCAACCCUCUCAGCCCCACACUCCGCUCCUAUACCGGUCCCCUCCCACCUCGACUGACUGGUUACCGCUUCUGGAGCGGAAUCGUUGUGGGAAUAGUCGUCAUGGUGAUAGCGACUGCCGCUGCUGUCUUCUUGCUCUCCCGCCACUCCAUCUCUCUGGUAAGCAAACCAGGCACCCCAGCAGGUGAUUCCGGGUGGUUGCAGGUAACUUCCUAA